AUGAAGUUCACCACUGCUCUGCUGGCUCUCGCUGCCACUGUCCUCGCUACCGAGGAACAUGACCACGACAAGGGCAAGGACAAGACCAAGACCAUCACGACUGAAAUCACGACCACCUACACCACCGUUUGCCCGGUCACCAUCACCAAGCCCGGCCACGGCACCACCCACUACGAGGUCGUCACCACCACCUCGACCGUAGUCGAGAAGAUUCCCACAACAGUCUACGAAACUCUCCCAGGACACACUGAUUACGUCACCAAGACCGAUGUUGACUACACCACGUACACGAGCCUGUGCCCUGUGACCGAGACCGUUACCGGCGAUGGCCACACCUACACCAAGACGUACACGACGAUCAGCACGAUCGUCGAGAAGGUCCCUACCAAGGUCUGGGAAACCGUCCCGGGCCCCACGGUGACUGAGAAGACCAAAGAGGUCGACUACACGACCAUCACCAAGCUCAUCCCUCACACCAAGACCUUGACUCAGGACGGCCAUACUAUCACCCAGACGUACACCGAGACCGAGACAAUUGUCACAGAGGUGCCGACCAAAGUCUGGGAAACUGUGAAGCUUCCCGACGUCACCCAAACUGAGAAGGACGUCGAGUACACGACCCUGACCAGCCUCUGCCCCAUCACCGAGACGAAGACGGUCGGCGGAGAGACCGUGGUCGUCACGUGGACCUCGACCUCAACCAUUGUCACUCAGGUCCCCACAAAGGUCGACGUGUACACGACCGUCAAGACCACCCAGCACCUCUCGACAGAAGUGUAUGAAACCAUCACGAAGCCCGUCACCACGUACCAGACGAUCGAGCACGGCGAGACCCAAUGGGUUACAGCAACCGGCACCAAGACCAUUACCGUUGAGAAGGUCCACACUAUUACCGAGGUCUUGGUCGAGACCAAGACGAAGCACGUCGAGGUCACCCACGCUGUCACCAUUGGCGGCGAGGACGUCGUGACCCAGAAGUCCUGGGUCUAUGUCACCGUUUCGGGCACAGCCUACGCCACGCUGACUAGAGCGCCCAGCACCAUCGUUGUACCCACGACCAGCGCAGUCACGAUUCCUGCGACUACCGUGUCGGAAACCUUGGUCGCAAGCAGCGCUCCCGUGGUUGUUCCGACCGGUGCUGCGGACGCCCGCAAGGCGCCGGCCGCUGUCGUCUUGGCCGGCAUCUUUGGUGCUGUUGCGCUCCUCUAA